GCGCGCUGUGAUGACGCCACGACGCUAACGCCUGAGGAUGGCGGCGGCGGCUGCGGCGGCUGCGGCGGCGGCGGUAGCCGCGGCAGCCGUAGCCUCGGCCCGGAGAGGGUCAGCAAAGCCGCCGAGACGCCGAAGAGCCCGCCGCCCCCGCGAGGUGUAGACGGGGCACUGCCUGCAGAGCAGGUCCUGCCAGCCUCGCUGGAGAGGAUGCCCCCGUGUCCGUGAUGGGCUGUGGGACAAGCAAGGUCCUUCCUGAGCCGCCCAAGGAUGUCCACCUGGAUCUGGUCAAGAAGGUAGAGCCCUUCAGUGGCACUAAGAGUGAUGUAUACAAGCACUUCAUCACGGAGGUGGACAGCGUUGGCCCUCUCAAAGCUGGGCUCCCAGCAGCCAGCCAGUGUGCAAACCCCUGCCCUGGUGCCCCCACUACUGGCCACACAGAGCCUCCCUCAGAACCACCACGCAGGGCCAGGGUGGCUAAGUACAGGGCCAAGUUUGACCCACGUGUGACAGCCAAGUACGACAUCAAAGCCUUGAUUGGCCGAGGCAGCUUCAGCCGAGUGGUACGUGUGGAGCACCGGGCAACCCGACAGCCAUAUGCCAUCAAGAUGAUUGAGACCAAGUACCGGGAGGGGCGGGAGGUGUGUGAGUCAGAGCUGCGUGUGCUACGCCGGGUGCGCCACGCCAACAUCAUCCAGCUAGUGGAAGUGUUUGAGACUCAGGAGCGUGUGUACAUGGUGAUGGAGUUGGCCACUGGCGGAGAGCUCUUUGACCGCAUCAUCGCCAAGGGUUCUUUUACUGAGCGUGACGCCACGCGGGUGCUGCAGAUGGUGCUGGAUGGCGUCCGAUAUCUACACGCACUGGGUAUCACACAUCGAGACCUCAAGCCUGAGAAUCUGCUCUACUACCACCCCGGCACUGACUCCAAGAUCAUCAUCACUGACUUUGGCCUGGCCAGUGCCCGCAAGAAGGGUGAUGACUGCCUGAUGAAGACCACCUGCGGCACGCCGGAGUACAUUGCCCCUGAGGUCCUUGUCCGAAAGCCCUAUACCAACUCAGUGGACAUGUGGGCACUGGGUGUCAUCGCCUACAUCCUGCUCAGUGGCACCAUGCCCUUUGAAGAUGACAACCGCACCCGACUGUACCGGCAGAUCCUCAGGGGCAAGUACAGUUACUCGGGGGAGCCCUGGCCCAGCGUGUCCAACCUGGCCAAGGACUUCAUUGACCGCCUGCUGACAGUGGACCCAGGUGCCCGUAUGACUGCACUGCAGGCCCUGAGGCACCCAUGGGUGGUGAGCAUGGCAGCCUCUUCGUCCAUGAAGAAUCUUCACCGCUCCAUCUCCCAGAACCUUCUCAAACGUGCCUCCUCACGCUGCCAGAGCACCAAAUCUGCCCAGUCUACACGUUCCAGCCGCUCUACACGCUCCAACAAGUCACGCCGUGUGCGGGAGCGGGAGCUGCGGGAGCUCAACCUGCGCUACCAGCAGCAAUACAAUGGCUGAGCUGCCUGGCAGUGGUAGAGACAUGGUAUGGUCCCAGCCUGGUCACACGCUGCUGGGCCGUCUGGACCCAGUGCCCUCUCUGGAGGUAGGCCUGUGUGGCCAGUGGUAGGUGAAUGGCCCCAGCCUCUCCUUUGUGCUUUCAGCAGCUCUCUUCCUCACCCUGGGUGACUGAGUGGAGGGAGCCCCCUGAAUUGGCACUGAUGCUCCUUUUGGUGGGUUACUGCUCUGGUACAAGUUGGGAAAAGGGCAGGACCUGGCUUUAAGUCUCCUUCACCCCUUGCUCUUGGCUCUUCCUCAGACCAGAGGAACAUGCAGUGCCAGGUAGAGAGAGUCCUGUGGUUCCAGGACUCUUUGGGAUAGUUACUUCUGGAACCCCUCUUUCCUCUACCAAACUUUCCUCCUUGGCCCUCCACAUUCCAUGGCAUCCUGAUCCUCAUGAUUAUGUUUCAGUUGAGAGGCCCAGGUAGGCACAAAGCUUGUGUCUUGGCUGGACUCUCACCCCUGGCUAAGUCUGAACAGCCCCCAACCUUCCAGCCAAGAUCUGUCUUCCUUCAUGGAGAUGCUAAGGAUCACUCCCUGCCCCAGGACUUGCCAGGAACUCUGGUGGUAGGGCCAUGGCAUGGACGUUGGCCCUUCUGGACUGUGUGGCCAUGUUGGUAACAUGCUUGCUCCAGGCUCUGACCUCUCUCUGACUAUGAGAUAGUUCCUGCCCACCACCAGGCCACUGCUCUCAGUGCCUCCUUUGCAGAGCCUACCGUCACCUUCCUCCCCCUUGGAUGCCCAUUCUAUUCUCCAGGUGCCUCCUUCCCAACUGUGGGGGAUUGAAGGGAGCCCCAUUGCUGCUACCUGGGGGAUGGGGCACCUGGGCCAAGGCAGAGGGCAGGGCCUUCCCAGGGAGAGCACCGUCAGGGUUCCAGGGUCAGUGUCAGCCCUGGUUCUACCCUUGAUACUCCCGAUUGCCCUUUCCCUUCAGGCUCUGCUGUUCCCUCUUCUGCAGCUGCAUGAACGCACCACCUAGUGUCUGGCAUGAGAAUAGGCAGCCUAGUAAUGAUCACUGCCACUCACUCUUCAUCCUCCAAGAGGAAGUAGGAAGGGAGGAGCUGCUGCAUUAAGGUGGGGCCCAGGGCUGCUCAACUCUCCGCUUCUGCGCAGCUCUCUGGAACUUAGCCGUACUGUGUGAUCUGCCUCUGAACCCUGAGUGCCUGGGGUAUUGGCCUUUCACAGCUGGCCUUGCCCUAUCCAGCCUGUCCCCCGCUUCCUUUCACAGCAUUACCCUUCCAGUCUGAGCCCUGCUGUAUCUCAGGCUGGAGGGAGCCCCUGCCAGAGGUGAGUGGAAUUAGAUGGCUGCUUUCCCAGAGGCCUGAGCCAGACCAUCUCCAUGUCAGUCAUGGUGCCUCCCCACCACAAACUGGGCUGAAACCCAAGCCCCCUCCCUCCAAAGCUGCUUUCAGUGGGUGGGAAGGAGCCAGGGCCCAGCUUUAGCCUUAGCUCGACUGCAGGUUCCCUGCCAGCAGGGAGGAUUUGGCCCUUACUCAGUUCCUCCCAUUGAGUAGCCAGGACUUCCUUUUUAUGUGUGUGCCAAUUCCAUUGGGAAACCAAGCCAAAGAGAUCAUUCUGGGCCAAGUCAUUUGUGCCUUUUACACACCCCCACCUUCUGUCCUUAGUGCCCCUGGCAUAAGGCAGUGGAGAGCCCCAAGCCUCAUGGCCUCAGAAGUACCCCCACUUUUCCAAGUGCCUCUGGGGGCCUGAAGCCCUAGGGAUUUAUUUCCUUUCUUGCCCAAGAUAGGCCUGGUCCUGAAGGUAGUAGGACAGAGGGAGUUUGGAGACUUGGGCCUUUAAUAGGCCCACCUGGGCCUUCAUGCCAUGGACUGUGGAUGGAAAAUGUGCAGUUAUUUAUUUUAUGUACUCAGUUUGUAAAUGUAUCCUCCAUACUCAAUAAACAGGCUGCCCUCCCCAGGGAAGGCUGCCCAUUCAUUCUAA